UUUGUGUCAGCGUGUAGACCUGUUACAAACAUGUCGGCAUUCAAGAGAAAACGUGGAGGACAGGGUCCCAGUGAGAAAAAGGCUAAAAAAGUCAAAUUUGUUGUCGGUGGAGAUGAAGUGCAGAAGGAAGCCGAACAAGAGGAGAAAAAUGAAGUCACCAUCCCUCCUCCUGUUUCACAGGGUAAAUGGACCAACAAGGAAAGAGUUCUGAUUUUCUCCUCAAGAGGGAUAAACUUCAGAACAAGACACUUAAUGCAAGACCUGAGGACCAUGAUGCCUCAUUCAAAAGCUGAUACUAAAAUGGACAGAAAAGACAAGUUGUUUGUCAUUAACGAGGUGUGUGAAAUCAAAAACUGCAACAAAUGCCUCUUUUUCGAGGCAAAGAAGAAGCAGGACCUCUAUAUGUGGAUUUCAAACAGCCCUCAAGGACCUUCUGCAAAGUUCCUGGUUCAAAACAUUCAUACACUGGCUGAACUCAAGAUGACGGGGAACUGCCUCAAAGGAUCCAGACCACUGCUGUCAUUCGAUCCUAAAUUUGACAAGGAGCCCCACCUUGCUUUACUGAAGGAGCUCUUCACACAGACAUUUUCUACUCCACGCUACCAUCCUAAGAGUCAGCCUUUUGUGGACCAUGUCUUCACAUUCACCAUUGCUGACAACAGGAUAUGGUUUAGAAACUAUCAGAUCAUUGAAGAGGAUGCUUCCCUGGUAGAGAUCGGCCCUCGCUUUGUUCUCAACCUCAUUAAGAUCUUUCAGGGCAGCUUUGGUGGACCUACACUCUAUGAAAACCCAAACUUCCAGUCUCCGAACAUGCACCGACGAGAAAUCCGACUGGCAGCCGCAGCCAGAGUGAGAGAGAAGCAGAUGGUGAAGGAGCUUCAGAAAAUGAAGAGGACUGAAGCAAAGCAGGACGUGACCAGAGACGUUACAGCGGACGUUUUCUUAACACCAGCGGAGGAGAAGCCCGUUCACAUUGAGACCGAAGCUCCUGAGCCUAAAGUGGUGAAGAAGAACAAGCACAAAGCUUUCAAAAGACAAAGGAUGCAGAUGGCACGGAGGUAACUGGAUGGACUGGACAAAACUAAAUGAAUGGCUCUCUCUUGCCAUGGUUCAAUGUGAUCUCAAGAAACUGAACUUCAAUACAAGAGACUUUGUAUUAAACAUCAUCACCUGAUUGUCAUGUUUGAAAAUAUUAGAAACUACAAGAUGUACAAGUGGUGUGAAGUGUUUGCUGCUCCACAACACACAGUUGUUCCCCCCUUCCUUCAGGAUGAUUUUGGAGAGUGUAGACCUGGAAAGUCAAUGCCUCUACUCCAAUAUUAACACAUUUUUACAUCUUUUUUUUUUUUCAAAGAAUUUCCCAUCAGUGUAAAAAAACAUGUUUAUUUCUUUUGAGUAACUACAGUUUUAUAUAACAUGGAAAUAAAACAAUUUAAACAUA